AGUGUCAACUGUGUGUGCGUCACUGGCAACUAUAGUCUGACUAUUCAUUCGGCCACCUCACACAGCCAGAGAUUGAGUCGACUCACCGACUCGGACCGCGGCAUUGCGUGGAUCAUUCAUUAGUCAACCAGAGUUGGGUGUAACCCGUGUAACCGCAAAUUCAAGCAAUGUUAUGAUGUGCGUUAUCAAGUACAUCGUUCUCCUCUUCACCCUCGUAUCAGUGCCGAGAACAAACGGAUAUGAUUACGAUUGCGGCAUGCCACUGCUUGAGAAGGCUCAACUAAAGGCUACAUCAUCCCUGUCCGAACGAGGACCCGAAAAUGCCAGGCUUAACGGGGAUUCGGCAUGGUCACCGGACACCAGCAGCUACGAUCAGCAUCUGACAAUGAAGCUGAAAGAAAGAUACGAUAUACGCAGUAUUGCGACACGUGGUCGUGCACAUACUAACGAAUUCGUAACCGAAUAUAUUGUCCAAUAUUCAAACGACGGUUCGGCCUGGACAAGUUAUGAAAGCGAAGAUGGUGUGGACGAGAUGUUCAAAGGCAACGUAAACGGAGAUAUGAUUAAAUUGAACAAAUUUGAGGUGCCUAUAAUUGCGAGAUGGAUUAGAAUAAAUCCAACUCGAUGGAGGGAUAGAAUAUCCCUGCGCGUUGAGCUCUACGGAUGCAAUUAUGUAUCUGACGUGCUGUCCUUCAAUGGCUCAUCGCUCGUACGUUGGGAUCUUCUUCGAGAGCCAAUCGAAACGGACAGACAUUCUCUCCGUUUUCGUUUCAAAACUAACAAUGCCGACGGAGUGUUGGUGUACUCUCGUGGAACGCAAGGGGACUUUUUAGCCUUACAAUUGCGAGACAACAGAAUGCUGCUAAACAUAGACUUGGGGUCUGGUGUCAUGACGAGUUUAUCCGUCGGAAGUCUGUUGGACGAUAAUAUGUGGCAUGAUGUUGUAAUAUCCAGAAACAGAAGGACGAUUUCGUUCUCAGUUGACAGGGUAUUAAUCAAAGGAAGAAUCAAAGGGGAGUUUUACCGUCUUGACUUGAACAGAGCUUUCUUCAUCGGCGGGGUGCCAAAUAGGCAAGACGGCUUAGUGGUAAAUCAAAAUUUCACCGGAUGUAUAGAGAACUUUUAUCUAAACACUACCAGUUUCUUCCAUGAGCUUAAAGAAACUGAAAUAACUGGCGAAAAUCUUAGAUACCACAAAGUGAAUACGAUUUACUACUGUCCAGAACCUCCUAUAAUUCCAAUAACAUUCUUGACACCGCAAUCAUUCGCUCGACUGAGAGGGUACGAAGGAGUUUACUCAUUAAAUAUUUCGCUCGCAUUCCGAACGUACGAACAUCAAGGAAUGAUUAUGUAUCAUCAAUUUACUUCUCCUGGAUACGUAAAACUGUUCCUCGAAGAGGGAAAAAUAAAAGUGGAAAUACAAACCCAAGGUAAUCCAAAAGUGAUAUUGGAUAACUUUGACGAUAUGUUUAAUGAUGGAAAAUGGCACCAAGUUGUACUGACGAUACAGAAAAAUAGUCUCACACUCAAUGUGGAUGGUCGUCCAAUGCGGACGCGACGUUUACUGGAUAUGACAACAGGUUCGUUAUACUUGAUUGGUGGGGGCGUAUUCGGAACAGGAACAAAUCGAGGAUUCGUUGGAUGUAUGAGAAUGAUUACCGUUGACGGAAAUUAUAAACUACCUACCGAUUGGAAGGAGGAUGAAUACUGUUGCAAAAAUGAAGUUGUCUUUGAUGCUUGUCAAAUGACAGAUCGAUGCAACCCUAAUCCCUGCAAACAUGCAGGAAUUUGUCGUCAAACCUCCGACGAGUUUACAUGCGACUGUACAAAUACCGGCUAUGCAGGAGCCGUCUGUCAUACAUCCCUGCAUCCGCUGUCGUGCGAGGCCUACAAGAAUACAAAUUCUGUUAAUCAGAGAGCUGAAAUAAAAAUUGAUGUUGACGCAAGCGGGCCUUUACGCCCGUUUCCUGUCACGUGUGAAUUCUAUGCCGAUGGAAGAGUAAUGACUGUUCUCAGACAUAGUAAUGAGCUACCAACACCAGUUAACGGGUUUGAGGAACCGGGAAGUUUUAUUCAAGACGUGAAUUACGAUGCCGACUUUGACCAAAUCGAAGCUUUGUUGAAUCGUUCCACCAGCUGUUCGCAAAGAAUCAAUUACGCUUGCAAAGAGUCGAGACUUUUCAACUCGCCAGUUCCGAUAACCGAAGAUUUCCGACCAAAUUCAUGGUGGGUCAGCAGAGGCAAUCAACGCAUGGACUACUGGGGUGGUGCGCUCCCAGGGUCUCGUAAAUGCGAAUGUGGAGUUCUUGGAACUUGUGUAGAACCGACAAAGUGGUGUAAUUGCGACUCAGGGCUUGAGAGCUGGCAAGAGGAUGGCGGUGACAUUACCGAAAAACAGCAUCUGCCUGUGAAGCAGUUACGGCUUGGUGAUACUGGAACGCCACUUGAUGAAAAAGAGGGAAGAUAUACUCUCGGACCUUUGAUCUGCGAAGGCGAUGAUCUGUUCAAAAACGUUAUCACGUUUCGCAUUGUUGAUGCUACGAUUAAUCUACCAACAUUCGACAUGGGUCACAGCGGCGAUAUUUAUUUUGAAUUUAAAACCACAAUUCAAGAUGCAGUGAUCAUUCAUAGCAAGGGACCUACAGAUUACAUCAAAGUAUCUAUUCACGGAGGAAACCAAAUUCACUUCCAAUAUCAGGCUGGAGGUGGGCCGCUGGCUGUUAGCGUUCAAACGUCGUACAGCCUAGCCAACAAUCAAUGGCAUUCUGUAUCUGUGGAAAGAAACCGCAAGGAGGCCAGAAUCGUUAUCGAUGGAGCUCUUAAGAACGAAGUCAGAGAACCACCUGGCCCGGUCAGAGCGCUACAUCUUACCUCUGAUCUUAUAAUCGGAGCAACGAUUGAUUACAGAGAUGGCUACGUCGGAUGCAUCAGAGCGAUGUUAUUGAACGGAGUGUUACAAGAUCUGAGAAGCCAUGCUAGAAGAGGAAUCUACGGAGUGAGCACCGAUUGUGUAGGGAGAUGCGAAAGCAGCCCGUGUCUGAACAAUGGAACAUGUUUGGAGAGAUUUGACGGAUACGCGUGUGACUGCAGAUGGACAGCUUUUAAAGGACCAAUUUGUGCAGAUGAAAUUGGUGUAAACAUGCGACAGAGCUCGAUGAUUAAGUACGAUUUCAUGGGAAGCUGGCGUUCUACUAUAGCUGAAAAAAUUCGCGUGGGAUUCACAACGACGAAUCCCAAGGGUUUUUUGAUAGGUCUAUUUUCUAACAUAUCCGGCGAAUACAUGACGAUAAUGGUAUCCAACAGCGGACAUCUCCGUGUCGUUUUUGACUUUGGUUUUGAAAGACAGGAAGUAAUAUUCCCUGAUAAAAACUUCGGCUUAGGUCAGUACCACGACGUCAGAAUAAGCAGACAAAAUUCCGGGGCAACCCUGGUCAUACAGGUCGACAACUACGAGCCAAAACUUUUCAAUUUCAACAUCAAGGCUUCUGCCGAUGCUCAGUUCAACAACAUCCAGUACAUGUACAUCGGUAAAAACGAAUCUAUGACCGAGGGAUUUACUGGCUGCUUGUCUAGAGUUGAGUUUGACGAUAUUUACCCGCUGAAGCUUCUCUUCCAAGAAAGCGGACCAGCCAAUGUAAGAUCGUUGGGCAGUCAGCUGACGGAAGAUUUCUGCGGAGUUGAGCCCGUUACUCACCCGCCGAAUAUAGUUGAAACUAGACCACCGCCGCAAGUCGACGAGGACAAACUGAGGGCAGCUUACCACGAAACUGAUACAGCAAUAUUGGGAACUGUACUGGCUAUCUUACUGAUAGCUCUGAUAAUAAUGGCAAUGCUUAUUGGCAGGUACAUGUCCAGGCAUAAGGGAGAGUAUCUAACGCAGGAAGACAAAGGAGCCGAAAUGGCUUUGGACCCAGAUUCCGCAGUCGUCCAUUCCACGACCGGUCACCAAGUUCAAAAAAAGAAAGAAUGGUUUAUUUAAUUUUAGUACACUGCCCCCGAUUCUAUCGUGCCGAAAAUGUGUACGAUUCAAUGCUUUUUAUACAGAAAAACGUCUUUUAUAAAAUAGCUGACUGUUUGUCACGUCAAACGUGGAAUCUCUGUAUACAAUAAACACGAACAUACAGUCGACAUAAUUUGCAAUUGAAUUUCAAACUACUUAUGAAGGAAUAAUUCGUCAAAAAAAGACACUAAACUAUUAUUCGAUUUCAUUUCAAUCUUACGGUUUGAUGUAGUUAAGAAAAAGUUGAACUUUCAGAAAUCCGGAUUUUUUUUAUCAUUUUUUCAUCGUCACGUAAUCGAAAACUCAUCUUCUUUCGAGCAAUGUCCAAAUUAGAAUUUAUAAUCAAGAUUUUAUUAUUAAUUGUCGAUUGCUUGGUUCAGUCUGUUAGUUUAUACAAAUCCAUUGAUUAAUAUAUACCCAUUUUUACACUAGAUUUAUAAUUUCUUAGCAUUUAAAUUUUAUCUCAUUGGUAAAACAAAAUGGAAAGAAAAACAAUAAUAAUUAUAAUAAGCAGAGACUUGCUUCUCAGUUGAUGUACAAACAUUUUCUACUGCUAACAAUUAUUUGAUAUUAUAUUUAUCUUUCUGUCCUUUAUUAUCAUAAUCUCUACUAGUUGUAAUAAUUACCGUCCAACGUGCAUCUAACGAAAAUAUACUUUGUAUUAUUAUUAUUUUUAUUAUUAUUUUAUAUUUUUUGAUCUUUUUUGUUUACAAAUACUAUUAUCUACAUCACUUGUGUUAAAAUUAUUUAUCGAAUUUAAUGUCAUUCCCUCGAUUUUCACUCAAAACAAUCUGGUUUGCAUAUAAAUUACUUGUUUGUUUUGUACAUACUCCAUUCUACGUAAUGAUAGUAAAUUUUAAUUCUGGGUUGUGGUUCCUGUAAGAUUGUAUGCCAUAUCUAACUUCGCGCCAAUGAUGUAUCGGUACAAAUAAAGCUGACAGUACUUGGAAUAAUAAAAUAUCUUGUUGCAGAAUAAUGUCAUAAAUAAUAAUGAAUGUCAGUAGAGAUAUCGCAGAUUUUCCACUAACAGGUAAUUAUCUAUCGUACUCUUUGUUCCAGACAGAGAUUGAACCACAACCUUUAAUUUAUGAUUUGUAGUUGCGCUUACACAUGAUGAAUUGCAGAAAUAAAUAUAAAUAAAAUUCUGAUACAUUCCGAAAACAAAAAAAGUGUACACAUAUUGUUUCAAUUUUUUUCAUAACACGCCUAUUAUGUUAGCCUUACUCUAGACGAAGAAAUACAUGGAUCUGAAAAAUUGUGAUAUAUCGUUUAAAAUGUCUGAACUGGCAAAAAGAAAAUAUCAAAUCGUAAGAAAUCUUUGUUCCAUCAAAUGGCUAUCAGUAGCACUUAUAGAAGCUUAACUAUCCAACAAUAGUAAUACAUAGAUUAUAAAUUAAUUAUUUAUUGGGAGUAUGCAAAUAUUCAUUGAUUUAUUGAACUAUAUUCUCAUAGGGAAUACGGUUUCUUUUUCCUGUUAUUCAAGGCAUAUAUGAUAACGUGACUACUUGCUUAGAAUUGAUUAUUUUUCACUCAAAUUCCUAGCUGUGCCUUCAGACUGAGUAACAGGGUGCUAGCGUAGGAAUGUUUCUCAGUGACGAUACUUACGUAGACUUGAGAAUGUGAAGUGAGAUCUACAAAAUUUUUUAGAUGGAAAAAGUAACUUCAACUGCCUGCAUCCAAUAAACUCACAAUAAAACUGUAAAUACGUUCAGUAAACAGUUCGAUAAAAGAAACCCUUUGCUCAUUUGGUUAAUUAUACCAAGUGUCAAAUUUUUUAAUAGUUGUGUUCGGUACUGCUCAGAGUCGUACCAGCUAGAACUUGCUUUUUUAACUUUUGAAUAUUUUAUAUAUUAUCCUGAUUGUGGCAUAAAUGUAGUAGUGCAACGAAUAAGUUGUGAAAAUUCACACCAAAAACAAACAAGUUGAAAACUGUUUGUAAUUGCACGCCAUGUCGAAAGAAAAAAGUGGGAACAGAUCGGACUGGACGUGUAGAAUAAUUUCAAUAUGAAUACUAACACUCAUAUUAUGAACGAGAUGAAUUGAAGCACCAUUCGAAUCACACACUGAGUAAAUCACAUAACACUACGAUAAGUUUUAAGUUACGUAGUGUUUGUAAUGAAAAUUAUAGUGGUAAUGACACCAAUUUUGUAGAACUAGGAAGUUAUUUGGCCCAAUGACUUUUGUAAGAAUAAAUAUUUAUAGUGAAAAA